AUGGUACCAAAAGACGACACCUGGGUCUCGUGGGCUGUGCUCAAAUCAGACGGAACAAACGGAACUGUCGAGGAGGCGCCCUCAGAGUGCAUCAGGACCAUGGGGAUGCCGAUGGUGGAAGCUUUAGGAAAUCUUGCUUCGGAAACCCUCGCCGGCAACUGCACGGCUAGGAGCAAUUAUAUCCCCGACAAGGGGAAGGGCGGACACUUGGGUUCUGGCGCGACCAACGAACAGAUCAUCGUGUCGUGCGAAGACAGAUGGUUGCUUGAUUAUCUCUACAAAGAUAGCCUGAUGACCUUGGAGUCGUUCUCUGCUGCACACGAGAGCAUGGCCACGGCAAUCAACAAUCGCGUGCGGAGGGACAUGAGCGCGUUGGAUGGUGAGGUUUCUUUUGUGGAAGGAUCGGUAUGGGCGACGGAAGUCUGCGUUGAUGUCGACUGGGUAUGGCUGGUUUAUCCUGGGGUUCUUUUGAUCCUCACGGCUGGUCUCCUUGUCACAACUUACCUACAGUGUUGUCAAAACAGGGGCAAACAACCGAUCUGGAAGUCUUCCAUUUUGUCGAUUUUGUUCUAUGAUAUUCGAACACAGGGCAAGGAGGAUCGUACGGGACCCAACGGAGAGGAAACGCCGCUGUUGCAUCUUGCAGAGCUGGAGUCUUUGGCUGACAGGACGAUGGCACACUUCAGCACCGAUGCGAGAAGGCCUGGGUUUGUCGUUGAACAGGAAGAAAGAUGA